UCAGGUUGGUGCUGUUCGUGGUGGAUGGGAGAUGCGUGCGGUCGGCGGUCCGGGCUGCUCUUCAACGUGGUCGGCAACGUCCUUGGACUCCUGGCGUCCAGCGCGCGGUGGUACGAGCUGUCCCUCUAUGCCACGAAUGAUGUCCUCGGCUUGGCUGGUGAUGUCGUCCAGUCCCUCUCGGCGUUCGGCGGGGUGCGGCGCGACUUCAGUCUUGACACUCUCGGAUGGUGUUCCAAUCUAUUGCGGGAUCGGGUGUACAUCUAACGGUCAUCCGCUGGUUCUUCAUCCGAGCAACGGUACGAGAAAUGGGAGUUCCUGUCUCUGGGGCGUCGUCGUCCGUAUGCUCUCCCGAUGUUUCGUCCUCCGGCUCUUGGGCGGCCGAUGGAUCUUCCACCAGAAUGCAGCUCUCCUCCACCUGCGUCGAAGAUAAAUCAUCCAGUACAUUGGGAUGGAAAUCGGCGGAUGCGGUGGCAGAUGCGGAUGGCGGCGAACAAUCGGGUGAGAUGUCUUCGGUGUCCGACAGACUUGGAUUGACCUGGUCGUUUCCUGCCAUGUUUUGUGAGAAAAUAAUGCGACGGACGUGUGCGGUGAAUGAAAAACGUGAAAGUGUUGACGUGAUAUACAAAAUAAUUAAUAAGAAAUCCAAUAGAAAUUGCUAUAGCUUCGUAGUGAGUGAAAUACA